AUGCCCUGCGUGGAUUACUGCGUUCGGGUGGACCUGAGGACGGUGUCCUUCGACGUUCCACCGCAGGAAGUGCUCACCAAGGAUUCCGUGACGGUGAGCGUAGACGCGGUCGUCUAUUAUCGUAUAAAGGAGCCGCUGAAUGCCGUUGUCAAGAUAGCCAAUUACAGAAGCGAUCCAGCUCCUGCUUUCAUAAUUCCAAUGUACCCAACUACUCAAUUACCUGAUAUUAUUAUGACUUGGAACGGCUGCUUCUUACGAUCAAAAACUUUAGAGCUUGAAAUGUUCAUGCUCACUAAUAAUAUCAUAAUUGCAACAAUCCAAGAAACAUGGUUGUCUCCAAAAACCGAUGUUACUCUUAGUGGUUACCAUAUUGAGAGGCGGAGGGAGGAAGGGGAGUCUUCGGAUUCGGAGCAUAGAACGAGCAGACGAGACUCCAAAGAGUCGACUUCGGCGACCUCCAAGUUGCCGAAGAAAGGACAAAGGAUUGCCGGGAGCGAGGCUGCAGGGCAGCCCAGCAAACCGGGCAACCCAAGAGAAUCAUUGGAAUCAUUGAAAGUCCACAGGAAGGAAUUGGAGGCCUUCCUGAUGGAUGAAGCCAAUAAUAUCGAGUUGAGCAGUGAUGUCCGCUCUCGAAGAGAAAGUGAACUUGUUCACAAGCGUGAGACCAGUUCACACAGAGACAAACAAGAGCUACGCCGCAAUGCCCCUUUAGCACCAAAGACCCCAAAAAGGGAAUGUAAGAAAUCGCAGGUUGUGAUUAUCAAGCCUGCGAUUUCCGAUUCAAAGGACACUAGCGAGAGUGUCAAAGAGAAAAUCUUUGAGGUUCUCAAGGAGAACAAGAAGGACCUGCGCAUAAAGCAGGUCCGAAAGAUAAGAAACAAUGGCGUCCUCAUUGAAGCAGGCGGUGAGGACGACCUCAAGAUUAUAAAAGAGGCCAAGUUCGCCAAGCUUGGUCUCAAGUGCGAGGCACCCAAGAUGCUGAAUCCGUGCGUAAUUAUUUACGACGUGGAUCAGCAAAUGAAGGAGGAUGAAAUAAGACAGGAAAUAUGGGGUAAGAACCUCAAAGACUCUGCUCUCGCUAGGGAAGUGUACGAUACCUUGUUACACUUCCGGUUCAGUACCAAAAACAAAACGCCAGGACUAGUGAACUGGGUAAUUGAAUUACCCGUCGCAGUCCUGAAAGAACUGGAAAAACGCAAGAAGCUUUACAUCGGGUGGCAGGUCCACUCGGUGAAAGAAUUCAUGAAUGUCUCGAGAUGCUUCAAGUGUCUCGGGUUUGGCCACUCCACCAAGAAGUGCGAAGUGACGCAGCAAGUCUGCGAGCACUGCGCACAAGCGGGGCACCUCAGGCAGGAUUGCCCCGCCUCGAAAGCUGCGCCCAAGUGCAUAUGUUGCACGCGGGCCAAACGCAGGAGCACAGACCACAGUGCUCGGGACAGGAACUGCCCCGAGUACCUGCGUCAGGUCGAGAUCCUGCGUAGCAAGAUUACAUAUGCCAUCUAA